AUGUUGAGACUCGCUAAGACCCCUGCCUCUAGAAUCUCUCUCACAAGAAGCAUUUCUUCCAACAUGAGUGGAACCAGAAUUGAGAGCGACGCCUUUGGUGAAAUCGAGGUCGACUCGUCCAAGUACUACGGUGCUCAGACUGCCAGAUCCAAGAUGAACUUUAAGAUCGGUGGACCUGCCGCCCGUAUGCCUAUCCCAGUUGUUAGAGCAUUUGGUAUUUUGAAGAAGGCUGCUGCCAUUGUUAACGAGAGUUACGGUGCCUUGGACCCAAAAAUCGCUGGUGCUAUCAAGCAGGCUGCUACUGAGGUUGCUGAGGGUAAGUUGGACGACCACUUCCCAUUGGUGGUGUACCAGACCGGUUCCGGUACUCAGUCCAACAUGAACGCCAACGAGGUCAUCUCUAACAGAGCCAUUGAGAUUUUGGGCGGUGAGUUGGGUUCCAAGAAGCCUGUGCACCCAAAUGACCACUGUAACAUGUCUCAAUCUUCCAACGACACCUUCCCUACUGUGAUGCACAUUGCUGCCGUCACCGAGAUCGAGAGGGAGUUGAUUCCAGAGUUGACUGCUUUGCGUGACGCUUUGGAUGCUAAGGCUAAGGAGUUCAAGGACAUCAUCAAGAUUGGUAGAACCCACUUGCAGGAUGCUACUCCAUUGACUUUGGGUCAGGAGUUCUCUGGUUACGUCCAGCAGCUCACUUACGGUAUUGAGAGAGUUCAGAGCACCUUGCCACGUUUGUCGAACUUGGCUCAGGGUGGUACUGCUGUCGGUACUGGUUUGAACACCAGAAAGGGUUGGGACGUCAGAAUUGCCGAGGAGGUGUCCAACUUGACUGGUUUGAAGUUCACUACUGCUCCAAACAAGUUUGAGGCUUUGGCUGCUCACGAUGCUAUCGUCGAGACCUCCGGUGCCUUGAACACCGUGGCUGUUUCUUUGUUCAAGAUCGCUAACGACAUCAGAUACUUGGGUUCCGGUCCAAGAUGUGGUUACGGUGAGUUGUCCUUGCCAGAGAACGAGCCAGGCUCGUCCAUUAUGCCUGGUAAGGUUAACCCUACCCAGAACGAGGCCUUGACCAUGGUCGCUGCUCAAGUUAUGGGUAACAACACUGCCAUUACUUUCGCCGGUGCCUCUGGUCAGUUCGAGUUGAACGUUUUCAAGCCUGUGAUGAUCUCCAACUUGUUGAGCUCUAUCAGAUUGAUUGCUGAUGGUUCUAACUCUUUCAGAGUCAACUGUGUGGAGGGUAUUGUUGCCAACACCGACAAGAUCGAGAAGGUGUUGCACGAGUCCUUGAUGUUGGUCACUGCCUUGAACCCUAAGAUUGGUUACGAUGCCGCCUCCAAGGUCGCCAAGAACGCUCACAAGAAGGGCUUGACCUUGAAGGAGUCCACCUUGGAGUUGGGUGUUUUGACUGAGGAGGAGUUCGACCAGUGGGUCAGACCAGAGACUAUGAUUGGUCCAAAGGACUAA